AUGAAAAAAGUAAUGGAAGUAUUUCAACCUGGGGCUGUUGUACUUCAAUGCGGAGCUGAUUCUUUAAAUGGUGAUAGACUUGGGCCGUUUAAUUUAACUUUAAGAGGGCAUGGAAAAUGUGUGGAAUUUAUGCGGGAGUAUAAUGUACCUUUAAUGCUUCUUGGUGGUGGAGGAUACACACCAAAAAAUGUUGCACGAUGUUGGACUUAUGAAACCUCAUUAGCUGUAAAUAUAGACAUUCCUGAUGAAAUUCCCUUCAACGAUUAUUUUGAAUAUUUUGCACCAAAUUAUAGGCAAGAAGUGUUGGAAAGCCUUAGUAAACUACCUCCAGUUCCCAGUGUUCAAAUGCAAGCAAUUCCAAAUGAUUAUAUACAAUUUGAUGAAACAUUAGAAAUUGAUCAAGCAGAUCCAGAUAAACGUCUUACAAGAGCAAUCACAGACAGAAUGAUAGCACAUCCAGGUGAUUUUUAUGAUGGAGAAAAUGAAGGGGAUGACCGAAGGAAUAGACAAGAUUGUAAACGAAGACAACAGCAACAAAACUCUUCUGAAGAAAUUAUAAUUGAAAAUGAUACACAGGAAAAUACAAAAAGAAUGAGAGUUGAAAGAGGAGAACAAAAACAGCGCCGGUGA